AAUCAGAUUGCCAUUGGAAUUUGACGGAGACGUUGAAGUACUUGGGUGGACCUAUUUUUGGGCAGACAUUAUAAGCUGAAAUUGCAUGCUAGUUAUUAUCCUAAAAUUAAAAUAUUAAAAAGCAUAGUUCGCAAAAGUCGAAGAGGUAAGAAUAUGAAGUUAGACCUAAACAUAAAAUCCUCCUAAAAUUUUCAUAAAUUUCUAAUUUACUAGUUGUACGUACUCCUAUAUUUAUUCUUAUUACCAUAUAUCGUACUAGUUCAUUUAAUAAGUUCUUACAACUCCCUCUUUUCAAGAUAAGUGAUUCAUAUUUAUUUUGAAAAUAUCCCAAGAUUAGUGACACGGAGAAUUAUAUUUCUUUGUUUGGUAAAUGAUGGUCUUCAUUCUUUCUUUCAUUUUAUACUCUUAUAUAUAAUUAUGUUUUCUUUUAUUUUAUUAGUACUAUUUACGUACUUAAUUCACUAAUCAUCGGUCUAAUGAAAAGGAUGUAGCCGAAAAGGAAAAUAACAAUUACUAGUAUUUGACUUUCAUGAAGUCGAUCAUAAUUUAAGUAUCAUCAGUCAUCACACAUUAGAACACUAGUCUUUGAAUAGAAUGUAUAAAGCGGUGAUGGAGUAUUUUAUUGUUUUCCUUUUCACGCAAAGAUCCUCUCUAUUUCUCACUCUCUCACUCUCACUCUGUCCUAAAAAGAUAAACAAGCAAAAAAGAUAAACAAGAGAGAAGAGAGAAGAGAGAGAUCGAGCGAGAACUCAAAAGCAGUGGGCACCGGCGUGGGUGGCUCUCUUUCUUUUCAUUUUCAUAAGUAGCUAUUUCCCCAAAUUCCCCAAUUCAAAAAACAAAAUGACCUCUCGACCCAUCACCGGCCCGAACCCUCCCUCCGCCGCCCACUACUACCCCCCAUCCUCCUCCGCCUCAUUCCGCGGCUGCUGCUGCUGCCUCUUCCUCCUCUUCUCCUUCCUCGCCCUCCUCGCCCUGGCCGUCGUCCUCGUGGUGGUCCUCGCCCUGAAGCCCAAGAAGCCCGAGUUCGACCUCCAGCAGGUGGGCGUCCACUACAUGGGGAUCAGCGCCGCCGCCGUCUCGCUCGACAUCCGCAUGGUGUUCUCCGCCGCCAACGACAACAAGGUGGGCAUCAAGUACGGCGAGUCCCGCUUCACCGUCAUGUACCGCGGCAUCCCCCUCGGCCGCGGCACCAUCCCGGGCUUCUACCAGCCCGCACACAGCGUCCGCCGCGUCGAGACCCUCAUCGUCGUCGACCGCGUCAGCCUCCUCCAGGCCGACGCCGCCGAUUUGGUCCGAGACGCCUCCCUUAACGACCGGGUCGAAUUGCGGGUCGUCGGCGACGUCGGAGCUAAGAUCCGGAUCCUCGGCUUAACCUCACCCGGUGUUCAGGUGUCGGUGGAUUGCACAAUUGCCAUUAGUCCAAGAAAGCAAUCCCUGAUAUACAAGCAGUGUGGAUUCGACGGCCUCAGCGUCUGAUAUAAGAUGGAGAAUUGACAAAGUGAAUUCCCAAAAAGUUGAAAGCAAAUUGAGAUGAUUGAGAAAUAGCUCUGAUGGGUUUCUGCAAAUUUUGUAUUCUUGUGUAAAGUUGAUAAUUCAAUGAUAUUUGUUUCCACCGCCAACUUAACUCA